AGCCAACGACGCCUCUGUCGAGGCCGACGCAAACAAAUUGUUUUUGAGAAAUUCACAUUUCAAUUGCGAGCAUUUUUUAGUUACAAAUCGAUUUCAUCAGGUUUGGUAGUGUUUUACGGUGUUUGUCGUUGUCGGCUCGCAGCAACAUUAUUAAGAAAAUUUUUUUUCGUUUUUUACUUACGUUUUUCUGUGUGUUUUGAACGAAAUAAAUUCAAUAGACAAUAAUAAACAUAAAUAAGAAAAAAAAAAUAAAUAGAAAUUAAAAAAAAAAUUACAAAAAAAAAACAUUUUCAAAACAAAUCAACACGAGAUAAUCUCGUGCAAAGAAUUUAACAAAAAAUAAAAAAUAAAAUGAUUUUCUGCAAAUUUAAAAAAAUUUAUAAAAAUUCGCAACAAAUUUAUUAACAUCAUUAAUUUUAUAUAAAAAAAAAUCAUAAACCAAAAAAGUCUCCACAACAACUACAACAACCUUAAAACAAAGAAUCGAUUUGUAUCAAAUGAAAAUUCCUCAAUAUUAAAACAAAACAAAAAUACCAAGAAAACAUAAACCAAAAGACUUCUUUCCAAAAAGAAACAAAUAAAGAAAAUAUAACAAAAUAAGAAAGAAAACAUCAUCAACAUGCUGCAGAAACUGUUACAAAUUUAUUACAGCAUUUCAAAAAACAUUCCUUGAUAAGUCUACAAAGAAACACUCGGAACUCAACUUAAUACAACAAAAAAACAUAAAUAAAAAAUAGCAAAACACCAAACAAAUGAAAAAAUAUUCAAUAUACUUGUUAAAAAGAAUCCACAUACAUUUAAAGUAGAAAACAACAUUUAAAACAGAAAAAGAAAUAGCAUAUCACCACAUAUCUCUUUGAAAAUCCAACUCUAGUUGAAAAUCAGUGGGGAAAAAAAGAAAACCCACCACACAAUACACUCUCUUAACUAUUCGCCUGCUCAAUUUCAAAUUCCAAACAGUUUGAACAGACAGAAAACAAAACAACAACAGGUAAACAAACUGUCUCCUGCGGCGGCUUUCGAUGAAUUUCAAUCCGGCCUCUUUGCGCAACAGCCUCAUGCAUACGAAAAUCAUGGAAUGGACCAAUGAUGAUGCUCUAGAACUUAUCGAACAAUAUCGCUCACAUACCGAACUGUGGAAUCGUGCCGAUCCCAAGUACAAAGAUAAAUUGUGUCGCUUUCGCGCAUGGUCGGAAAUUGCUGAACGCUUUGGCUGCAGCAAGGCUGAGGUCGAACGCAAAAUGAAUGUCUUGUUGACCCAGUACAGACGAGAGAAACACAAAAUGUUGGUCAAAUUGUAUCAGGGCAUACAGCCGAAUCCCUCCAAGUGGUAUGCUUUCAAACGUUUCGACUUUAUGGAGGCGGGUGGUGGUAGUGCCAGUGCUCUAGCGGCUGGUAUAGCUGGUGGGGGAGGUGGUGUGGCAGGGGGUGGUGGUGGUAUAAAUGUUAGCCUGAAUUGCAGUGGCAGCAGUAAUAGUGGCAUUACAACAAAUGGUCAUCAUCACCAUCAUGCUGCAGCAGCCGCUGCUGCAGCUGCUUUAAAUGGUCUAGCUGCUGCCGGUUAUGAUACCUCAACAGCAGCGGCAGCAGCUCCAACAACAUCACAUCAUCGCAGAAUGAAAAGUAAAGAGAUGAAAUAUUUUGGCGCGAUGGGUCUAAAUUUACCUAUGCUGCUUGCCAACUCCCAGCCACUUGAAACAUGGAAUCCAGUGGGUCAAUUUUCUCCACCACCCAUUAGCGAACGAAAUCAUCAAUUAAGAGUACCCUUGCCAAUGCCAUUCUCUAACACACCACAAAGUGAACUAAAUACUAGUGGCACCAGUAGUGGUGGUGGCGGCGGCGUUAUUGGCAGUGGACCACGCAGUUUAUUUGGUGGCAGUAGUAAUAGUGAUUUUACGGGUAGUCCGCAAAAGCCCAUGGAUACAACUGAUAUUGAAAAUGAUGAAGGUAAAGAGCAUGAUACCAAAUGUGAACGUACAACACCGUCCAAUCUGCACGAUACUUCAGUGACAUCCAAUGACGGACGCUUGAGUACAGGUCCAAAUGGCACGCCGGGUGCGGUGGGUAGUGAGAAUGGCACUUGUCCCGGUGAUGUGGGUAGCGGUGGCAUGAGUAGCGGUGGUGGUGGCGGUGGCACGGGUAGACGCAGUGAUGGCACCUCUGGUACUGAAGCCGGUUCUAGUCCUAUACCAAAUACAAAUACUUUUGAAGCUCAUAAACAAAGACAUUUAAUACCCGGUGGCGCUGUCUCGAGCGGGUCACGAGGUCAUGACGAUCUCGAUAUUAAACAAGAACUAUUAGAGAAUUAUUUUCACGCCCCCCAUCCGCCAGCACCGCCCGAUUCACAUCGUUCCUACAGCUCAACCGAUGAAAAUCGCCAUGGCGCCGAAUCAGCCGAUGAUUUUGCUCAAGAUUUACGCGUUAGUGCCGCAGCUGCGGCUGCUGCCAAAGGUCUUGAUUUCAGCCGUUUUGUCCUGCCACCUAGUCUUAGACGUUCCACCGAGUCGAUAGACGAAAAAUUCACCCCACUCAAUAUGCGUAAAUUAAAUCCGACCAGUGCUUCAAGCAGUCAGGCCGGUCAAAUGCUUAUGAAUUCCUUACUGUCCAACGAAAGUAUGUCCGAGGACAAUACGUCGAUUAGCGGGCGCAUCAAAUCGGGUAGCUUAAGCGGUAAUCCGAAUGGUAUGAGUGGCUCCCAAGAUGCCAGCUCAUCGGCGGCAGCUGCUGCAGCGGCCGCUGCCAUUUAUGCUGAAAGUCUGAAUAAAGAUGACUGCGAUUUUAUAGGUUCUAAUGUUAGUGUUAAAUUACGUGCGAUGGAUCGUACACAGCGGAUAAUUGCUGAAAAACUUAUAAGCGAGGUACUUUUCUACGGUCAGUUCAAUGAAUUGGAACGAAGUGCUCGAAUACAGCCCAAGUGACAAUUCCUAACCAAGUUCUUAAGGUCAAGGUAUAUAAAUUAGGGUGCUAAAGCAGGAAAGAAAAUUAAGAAAACAUAUUUUUUUGUAACCUUAGUUGAUUUAAAAGCGAUUUUGUUGUUUAUUGGUUAAAGAUUAGUGGUUAUAUUUUUGCCAUAACUUAAGACUUAAAGGACGAUAACAUAGUUCAACAACUAGUUCUAUAAGUUAUGAAUAUUUUAAGUAUUCCUUUAGUUUGUUUCAGAACUACUUCAGAAGAUUUCAAAUUUUAAGUUUAAUUCUUUAUCUGAGUUUUAAUUGAAAGUGUCUGCAGAAGAGAAUAUGAAUUUUAGCAUUCGGAAUGAAAUAUCGAAUGGAUUCAGUUCUUUAAUCAAACAGUUUCAGUUGCGGAGUAAAUAGUUUAAAAAUAUGUUCCGAAAGUAAGUGAUUAAUUUGAAUCGAUCACGAUUCAUAAUUGGAAACAUCAAAGAUUUUGAUCACACAUUUUUAUCAUUCAAAAUCAGUUAGAGUCAAAAAUGUCGAUUCCAAAUGCAAUUAUUUUGUUGAAAUCCUUUAAUUAAAGAUUUUUAUCCGAAAUUUUGCACUCUUAGAAUCAGUGACUGAUUAAGAACAUCUGUUAUCUUCAGAUCAAUGUUAAACCACGUGGUUUUUAACUGGAUCCAUGAAGUUUUCUCAGUACUUAAAUAGUCUUGAAAGUAAUGCCUAUUGGGAAAUAAUAUUUAAAACAUCUGGAAGUGGAUCACUAAAGAACCUCAAGUAAUUCCAAAUUUCAUCGAACGAGAUCUAAAAUAACAUAAUAUAAAUGAAGAUUGCGAUCGCUUUCGAAUACCGUACUUGUUCUAGUUUGACAUUAAGUUCAAUGAGUUUGUCGCUUUUAGAUCUGAUUCAGUAGAAACGUUACAGAAUAGACAUUAGCGCUUUUGAAUACGAUACUCAUUCUAGUUUAACUUUGUGACUUUAGUUCAAAUUUGUAACCUUUAAAACUAGUUCUAGAGAAGUGUUAUAGAGUCGAUAUUUGUUCUAAAUAUAAAACGAUUCUAGAACUUGUUAUUUUAUCAACUAUGUCCAUAGAAUUGGUACAUUGAAACUCCCUUAGGAAAUCUAUAGAAUCGGAAUAGUAUUCCGGAGAAUGUCUUUCGAGAUUUUGAAGUGAUUCUGUUUGGACUCGUUCUUGAACUAGUUAUGAUUGAUUUUGAAAGCCGUAAACCGUUCUAGUUUAGCUUUGCGACUUUAUUUCGUAUUUGUUACCUUUAAAACGGAUUCUAGAGAACAGGAUUAAAGUCGAAAUUUGUUCUAAAUUAUAGAAUGACUCGGAAACCUAUACUUUAAUCAAAGAUUUUAUUUUCAAACCCCUUUAGGAAAUCUAUAAAAUUAGAGUAAUUUUUUCGAGAAUGGCUUUCACGAUUUUAAAGUGGUUCCGUUUGCACUCGUUCUAGAAGUAGUUAUUUUAGAACAACUUCUUAUACUAAAUAAAGAAUUCGUUCGCUUUUGAAUGCCGUAAUUGCUCUUCUUUAGCUUUUACACCAGUGACUUUUGUUCAAAUUUGUAACCUUUAAAACUGGUUCUAGAGAAGUGAGUUAAAGUCGACAUUUGUUCUAAAUAUAGAAUGAUUCUAGAACCAGUUCUCUUAUGAAAAAUGUUUAUUUGUAUGUCAACUCCAAAGAAUUGGAACUUCAAAAACCAUUUAACAAAUCUAUAGAAUCAGAGAAUGGCUUUCAAGAUUUUGAACUGGUUCUGUUUGCAAUCGUUCUAGAACUAGUUCUUUUAGAACAAAAUGAAUAUUUCAAUCUGUUUGACUUAAAGAACUUGUUCUGCUUCUAGAAUUAGUUCUUUAAUCAAAGAUUUUUGUUUAAAAUUGUCCACUAUUCCCUAAGAAUUGAUGCCUUAAAAACUCUUUGGAAAAACUAUCAUAAUCAUGGAGAAAUUUCGGAUAACGGCUUCUAAAACAUUGCCAAUUUCGAGAUUGAUAUUCAACAAUUUGAAGUAGUUCUGUUAGCAUUCAUUCUAGAACUAAUAAUGUUCCUGGAGAGAAAUCCUAGUCUAAAGUUGAAACAAUAAUUCGCUUGCUUAUAUUGUAUGGAAACUCCGAUAAUUUUUGUAUUGAAUAUUUUCUUUCUUGUUUUAGUUUUGGAAAAAUUUCCAUAAAAAUCUUCAAUAUUUUAAAUAUUAUUUCUUUAGAUUUUGUAAUUUUAAUGAAGUUUUUUUUGUUAAAAACAGAAAACUUUUUU